GUUUUAACCUUUUUUUUUAAUUCAUUGAGAAGGAUUUAUAAAACAUACAAAGUGAAAUAUUGCCGGUGUGGUUCCACAUUUCGCAAAAAUUCAUGUAUUGUUGCCGUAACAUAAACUUUGAGUUGCUUAAAAUUAUAAGCUAAUGAGUUGCUGGUAUUGCUGCAAUACUAGCGAACCAUCUAAAACCCUAUCGAAUACGGAAAAGGAAUUAAAUCUUUUAGCGACUAAUGACACAUUCUCUUCUAUAGUUCAAAAUUUCGCCAUGGCAGCUACAAAAGGAGGAAUACCUACGACGAUUUACAAUGAAGAAAAAAAAGAAUUAUGUGAUUAUUUACUAAAAAUGGACAAGUAUUUAUUGGAAAUUACAUUAGAAAAAUUACAGAAACCAUUGAUGCAAUCUGAACCACAUGAUUCUCGCGUGUAUCAAAUUGACCAGAUUACGGGAAUAUGGGUGUUAGACAAAGAAUCAACACAAACAGACUUAGCAGCCACUUCUUAUCUAUCAUUUAACAAAUGUCUUCUGAUACGUUUUGAAAAUCCUGUUCCCCCGAUAUGUUUUAUUUUCACUUCCUUGUAUGAACGAGAUCAGUUUGCAAUAUGCUUAAAAAUUAUCAAGCGAUCUUUUCCUCACAACUACGCUAUGAAAGAAAAUGGUACCUUGUUGUAUGUUAUUAUAUUUUCUUUUUAACUGUGAGUUCCAUGUAUUUUUCCAAGUGUGAUUUCUUCGUAACAUUUCACCUUAUACACCUCUUUCAAUAAUGGAAUGAUCAGCUUUAAGGCAAACGCAAUGGAGUAGUCUAAUGGAUACAGAAAAAAAGAUAGCGUUUUUCGUCACAAUCUAAUUUUUUUCCAUUUUGAAUGUAACAAUCUAAAAGAGAAAGUCUUAACCAGUCUGAGGAAAACCUUUUAAUCAUCUUAUUAGACACUA